CCCGCCCCCCGCCCCGUCAGAGGUCUGCCAAGAUGGCGGCCGCCGCCGAGAGCGACGGGGAGGAGGAGGAUUUGGUGAGCUUCGGCACUCCUCUGAAGCCCCUGGAGGAGGGUGAACGAAUUAAAAAACCAGUUCCUCUGCAAGAGCAGACUGUCAGAGAUGAAAAAGGACGGUACAAGCGUUUUCAUGGAGCGUUUAGUGGUGGUUUCUCUGCUGGCUAUUUUAACACUGUGGGUUCAAAGGAAGGAUGGGCACCAUCAUCCUUUGUUUCGUCAAGGCAGAAGAGAGCAGAAAAAAAUGUCCUGGGGCCAGAAGAUUUUAUGGACGAAGAGGAUCAUGAUGAACAUGGGAUAGCACCAAGGGAAAUUACAAUUACAGAUGAAUAUGCUUCCAAAAGCAAAGAUAAAAUAAAGGAGAAGGCCAGACAAAUUGCAGGAAUUGCUGGACCCAUCCCCGGAACCACAGUCUUGGAUGAAUUUAUAGCACCUGCAAAAAUAACUAUUGGUGUUGACCUGCUGAGAAAAAUGGGCUGGAAAGAAGGGCAAGGAAUUGGACCCCGAGUAAAGCGAAAACCACGCAAGCAAAAACCGGAGCCUGAUGUGAAAAUAUAUGGCUGUGCUUUACCACCUGGAUCUGAAGAUUCAGAGGAAGAAGAUGAAUAUCAGCCAGAAAAUGUGACAUUUGCACCUAAAGAUAUAAUGCCUGUGGACUUGACUCCUAAAGAGAAUGUGCAUGGACUUGGUUACAAAGGACUGGACCCCACCAGUGUCUUAUUUGGAGUUUCAGAAGAACAUCCAAACUUUUUCAGUCCAACUUCUGAAAAUUCAGCUUUGCUUGGUGAUUUGCAGCACAGUAAAGGACGGAAGCUUGGUAUUUCAGGCCAGGCAUUUGGUGUAGGAGCUUUAGAAGAGGAAGAUGAUGACAUUUAUGCAACUGAAUCACUUUCCAAGUAUGAUACUGUUCUGAAAGAUGAGGAGCCUGGAGAUGGGUUGUAUGGCUGGACAGCACCUAAGCAAUAUAGAAGCAAGCAGGGUAUAGAGAAAGAACUUAAAUGCAUUGGAAAAAUUUUGGAUGGUUUCUCACUGGCAUCUAAGUCAAUAACUCCCCCCAAGAUCUAUCCUCCUCCUGAUCUGCCAAGAGACUACAGAGCUGUCCAUUACUUUCGACCUGUGAUUAAAGAGAGCAGUGAGAACCCCCAUUUAGCUCAGACAUUAGCAGAAUCUACUGGGAAGCUUGAAAGUGAUGCAACGCAGCCAAGUAGACACCAAAAAACUGCUUCUCAGAGGAGGGAAUUGCUGGGUGAAACCAGUCUGAAAGGUCCGGCAACUUCUGUUCUUGAGUAUUUGUCUGAUAAAGACAAAGAGAGAAUCCAAGAAAUUAAACAGGCUGCAGAGCAACAGGUGAAAACACCGGUUCAGCCUCGACAACCCCUGCAUCACAGAGCCCAGCCAUCUACUCUACAAGAUGCUGCAACUCCACCCAAGUGGCAGUUAGUACUGGGGGCCCAGUUAGCCACAACUGGUUCCAGCGACUUCAAACCAUUUGCAAAAAAGCCAGAAAAACAGAAGAGAUAUGAAAAUUAUGUACAAAAUCUUAAACAUGGAAAAACCGGAGAGGUGCUAGAAAGUUGUUUAGACCCAAGCAUGACAGAGUGGGAGCAAAGAAGAGAACUAGAAGAAUUUGCUCGCGCUGCAAUGCUGUACAAAACCUCUAGUUCUGUCUUGUCUUCAAGAUUUACUUCUGCAAAGCAUGAGGACGAUGCUGACAAAGUAGAAAUCCCAAGAGAUCAAGAGACAGAUGUCGAUGACAAGGCAGCAGCUGCAAAAAUGAAGAUGUUUGGCAAGCUCACGAGAGAGAAGUUUGAGUGGCACCCUGAUAAGCUAUUGUGCAAAAGAUUUAAUGUUCCUGAUCCCUAUUCAGAGUCCUGUGUUGUUGGACUGCCCAAAGUGAAACGUGACAAGUACUCUGUAUUCAAUUUCUUGACAGUAUCAGAGCCCACAUCAACCACAUUAGGCCAGUUCCCAAAAGCAGGAGAACAACAGUCGAACACUCUGAACAAGCCAAAGAAGCCUUCAAGAUGGGAUAUGUCUGACAAAGAGAAGAAGAAAAAGGAUGCUAUCAGUGAGUUCAUAAGCUUAGCUCGAUCAAAGGUUGUUGUCCAGGAGCAGCCACAAACUCCAGUUGAAGCAAAACACAAAAAUGAGACUGAACCUGCUUCCAGUCAGAUAGCAGGUGAAGGCAUUGGCCCGAAGGAGGAAGUGCCAGAAGAAAGCAGGCCUUCUAUGGAUUUAUUUAAAAGUAUCUUCGCUAGCUCCUCAGAUGAAAAAUCAUCUUCAUCUGAAGAAGAGAGUGAUAAUGAAGAAGAAACAGUGACAGAAGCAGCUCCUGAGAAUUUGAAGCAGCAUGCUCAUUCACUUGAUGCUCAGGGUAAUAAGGACUCCAUCCAGAUGGCAUUCAGAGAUGACACCAAACAACUUUUUGGAAGUGAAGCCUCCAUACCUGAAGUUUCUGUCACUGUAACUUCAGCUGUGAAGAAAGCAGUUGAUCCAGAAGAAUUUGGACCACAGUUGCCUCCAAUUGCUUCCUCUGAUGCUUCUUUUAAGCACGAGGAACUACAACUUGCAGAAUCUCCUGAACUCACUAAGAAAGAAAAAUCUAAAAAGAACAAAGAAAAACACAAGAUCAAGAGAGAACACAAACACAAAAAGGAAAAAAAAAAGCAUAAGAAAUCAAAACGCAAGGGUAAACACAAGAUUAAGAAAUCUGAGAAGAACAAUACUUCAGACACAGCUAAUAGUGACAGUAACAGUGAAGAACAAAUGACAGAUAUACCACCACAAGAACUUUUAAGAAGGCUGAAGCAUCUUCCACUGGUAAAGCAGUAGCUUGGCUCCUUCAACAUUCUUUGGUCUCAAAGUAGAUCUCCUCUAUGAUGGCAGAUCAAUAGUACAAAGUAUAUUUGAAUGUCCUGUAUAUACUAUGUUUAUGUUGGAUUUGAUAGCAUAAAAGCAUGAGUUCUUUUUGUGGUUUCAAAGUUAAAGAACAGAGACAAUGUGGAUUGUUGGAAAAGAUUCUUCUCCUUUAAGUAUUAUAAUAAUGGAAAUAAUUUUGACAGUUCUGCAUUUUAAUGAAAAUAAGGAUGAAUUUUUUUAAUAAAACAAAAUUUACUAAUCUUA